AAAGCAAGCUUGCUGUUGUGUUAGGUUACUCCAUUGAGCACGUGUUAUUCUUUCCAACGGUAUUUCUAUAAAAUUAUUUAAUUAAUUAGUAGUUUAUAGAUAUGUUAAUAAAUUGGACUCAUUCUUGAAUAACCUAAAAAAUGGUACGACACAAUAAUCAACUUCCUGAUAAUUUACCACAACUACAAAAUCUCAUCAAGCGUGAUCCAGAAUCAUACAAAGAAGAGUUUUUACAACAAUACAAUCAUUACAAGUCAACUCUAGAAGUUUUUCGUUUGACACCUGAAAAAUACAACAAGAGCCUUGAUGAAUUGGUUAUGUUUUUGGCCCAGGUGGCCCAAUGCUUUACAACCGAAUUGGUAAAUUAUCCUCAAGAACUUAUAGACAUUCUUAAAAGUUGUAACAGAAUUCUUGAUCCAGAUAUGCGAAUGAUAUUUUGCAAAGCUUUGAUUUUAUUGAGAAGUAAAAAUCUGAUAGAUCCAACAGCAUUGCUAAGUUUAUUCUUUGAAUUAUUGAAUUGUGAAGAUAAAUCAUUGCGUCAAUUUUUACGAGAUCAUAUAAUAAAUGAUAUAAAAAAUGUCAAUGUGAAGCAUAAAAAUAUGAAAGUAAAUACAGCUUUACAAAAUUUCAUGUUUAAAGAAUUGCAGAAUUCGAGUGCUCGAGCUGCAAAAAUGGCUGCUGAUAUAAUGAUUGAAUUAUAUAACAAAAAUAUCUGGAAUGAUGCAAAAACUGUAAAUGUCAUUGCAACAGGAUGUUUUUCAAGAUCAAACGUCAAAAUUAUGGUUGCAUGUUUGAAGUUUUUCCUCGGUAAAGAUCCUGAUGAAAAGAAUUCUGAUGACAGUGAUAGUGAUGAUGAUGUUCCAGAUUUAAAAAAAGUCUUGUUGGCAAAUAAGUUCAAUAAAAAAUCCAAGAAACGCGAUAAAGAGUUGAAAAAAGCUAAACAAUUAAUGGUAAAAACGAAAAAGAAGAAAUCUAAAGCUCCACAGUUUAAUUUUUCAGCUUUACACUUGAUUUAUGAUCCCCAGGAUUUUGCAGAGAAAUUAUUCAAACAAGUAGAAAAAAAUAAUGAUCGGUUUGAAGUAAAAUUGAUGUCAUUAGAUGUUGUUUCACGACUUAUUGGGAUACACAAUUUAUUAAUAUUAAAUUUCUAUCCAUAUAUUCAACGAUUUUUGCAGCCUCAUCAAAGAGAAGUAACUAAAUUAUUACAAUUUGUAGCUCAGGCUUCUCAUGAGUUGGUUCCUCCAGAAAAUCUCACACCUGUGUUGAUGACUUUGGCAAAUAAUUUUGUAACUGAAAGGAACUCCAGUGAUGUUAUGGCUAUUGGAUUGAAUGCAAUUCGUGAAAUGUGUUCUCGAUGUCCACUUGUUAUGAAUGAAGAUCUUCUCCAAGAUUUAACUAUGUAUAAAAAUUAUAGGGAACGUAGUGUUAUGAUGGCAGCAAGGUCAUUAAUUUCAUUAUAUAGGAAUGUUAUGCCAGAAAUGUUACAUAAGAAAGAUCGAGGACGACCAACAGAAGCUACUAUAGCUUUAGAACCAUUAAAAUAUGGAGAAGUUGAUGUUAAAGAUUUCGUCCCAGGAGCUGAAACUCUUUUAAAUGCAAGUAAGAAUGAUGAUAUUGAAAUCGAUAGUGAAAAUACUGAAGACGACGAUGAUGAAUGGAUUGAUGUUAGCGGCAGCGAGGAUGAAAAUGAUGAUGCUAGUGAAGAUGAUGGUGAUGAUGAUGAUGACGAUGGUGAUCAAAAUGAGGAAAAAGGAGAUGAAAAUGAAGUUGAUGAACAAAAAGGUGGAGUCAAGAAAAGGAUGAAAAAACAAAAAAGAACAAAGCUUGAUAGAAAAAGAGAAAAAAUGCAAAGACUUUUACGCAUGAAAAAAGUAAAAAAGGAAGAAUUCACUGCAGAAAAAAAAGAAAAAGCUGCUUUAAUAUCUGUAGAAAGAUUAUUGACUGAUGAAGAUUUCAAAAAAAUAGAUUCUGCCCUCAUUAAGCAACAAGUAACACCACAUGCAGCGAAACGAGGAAUAAAGAGGCCAUUUGCCAAUGAAGAGAAAGAUGAACUUGUCAAACUUGGAGAUAUCGAAAAUAUUUAUAAAAAACGCAAACACGAUAAACAAGCUCGAAUGGAAAGUAUAGAGAAAGGAAGAGAAGAUCGUGUAAAAUUCGGCUACAAAGACGGACGUCAGAAUCCACUGUGUAGUAAAACUAACCGCGAAAAGAAGAAAACGAAAGCUUAUCAAAUGGUUAAACAUAAAAUAAAAACAAAAGUAAAAAGAUCAUUUAAAGACAAACAGAUUGCUUUAAGAAAUCAUCUUCUUAAAAUAAAAAGAAUGAAAUAAUAUAAUGUAUAUUUAUCAAAAAAAAGAGACAAAAUAUAUAUUUUAAAUUUUCUCCCCAGUAAAUGUAGUUCGUUA